UCUCGUGCCAGGUCGUCCUGACCUGCCGGCGUACCGUCAGUUCCCAAUUUCUCCAAACUGGGUGGGGUGAAAUCACCCCGUCCUACCGGGCUAGUAUCAGUUCCCAAAUCUGAUGUCUACAUUAUGUUAGACAUAUUAUUAGAAUUAGUAAGUAAAUUAGGAUAUGAUUAACCCCUCAAUUGCAAUGGUGGUUGAGCGUGCGGAGAGCGGGAGCUUGGAUACCCCGCCUUGUUUGGCGUCAGGCCGACUCCGUGUGUUUGUUUUACUGCUCCCUAAACGCCAUGUGCUUUUAACUUAGUAUUUGGGAUGAAAACAUCCGCUCACCACUAAUGCACGGAACGUACUGCUAAUUUUGCGAAUUAUCGCGAGGACUGCGGAACGCAGGUGUAUCUGUGGCGGGCAGCUCUUCUGCAAGUUAUUUGCCUAAGAGGACAUCAAGCAACAGAACCUUUCAAACAACCGCGCUGCUGGUGGAAACAGGCGAUGGUGGCACACAUGACUGCUUUUGGGAGCUCGUCUGAUAAUUUCAAAGAAGGUAAUGGAGAUGUGUCGUUGCAAGACAAGAAAGCAGAUGCUUUGACUGCAAAUGAAACCAAUGCCUCAGACAGUACGGAAGAUAGCUCAGAGGAAGAGGACUCAGCAAAUGAGAGCUCCACUGAGAACAACGACACUGAAAAUGAAUCUGAACCUUCAAGGUCCAGUCACGAACCAGAUCCACCUCCUAAACCAGAAACAGAAAAGCAUGGUGGGGGAGAUGCCUUACCCAAGACCAGCUGUUCUAAAUGUGAAGCCAUUCGGCAGAAUGAAGGCUACAAUUCUGUAACUCCAAGAAAUAUCUCUCGGGGACGUUAUCUGUUGCUCUUGGAGGAUGAGGGCACUUACCAGUGUUCUAUCACUGGGCUGGCGUUUGAAGUCUCUCAGAAGGUGCAAAUCAAGUAUUCAAUCUUGUCUUGGACCAAGUACGCGAUGUGUCUCAAAGAUUCUUGGAAGCUUGCUGGGCCUAUCUUUGAUGUGGACUGUGAUCCGUCCAUCCUAAAAUCCAUCCACUUCCCUCAUUCCCUUUGUUUGGCUGACCCGACAAGUGAGCUGACCUUUGGCAUCUUGCAUGUAAAGAAUCAGCGUUCCCUCAUCGAGCCGCCAACUGACCACACUGGGAGCCACAUUAAGUGGACAGUGACGUCUCUCUCCCCCGUGGGCACCGUCGUACAGACAUCCCAGCCGACUGAACACCACGGAGUGGUCCUGGUGUACAAGGAGCUGGCCAAGCGCCCUUCUUCCUCCUUCCGCAUUUACCUGGCUACCAACAACCAGUCUGAUAUAAAUGACAUCAAGAAAGUGGUGCAGAGGUCGAAUAAAAAGUAUGUGAAAAUCGAGAAGCCCCCCACAUGUCAGAGGCUGCUGCAGGAGGGGAAGACCUAUCGGCUAACAAGCGAGCCGGAGGCCGAGAUUGGUCCCAAGGCAGGAUAUGAAAUGAUUGCAGGGGACUUUAAUCGCAUGACGCCAAGCCUAGCCGUUGAUCUUGUGUGUGUGUGUGUAUAUAUUUCUCUCAUGCAGGAGCUGCAGUUCUCGCAGGAGGUGGUCAUGUUGAAGGGCUAUUUUGAGGUGUUUUUUGAGCAGUCGCCGCCCUUCGAGCUGUCGCUCAUUGAGGUGGACUCUGAACAAACGGUGUGGACUGCCAAGCUCCGAGAGGGUGACUGUGAGGACAAUGCAACUGAAAAACCACGGAAAAGUAGUCAAAGACGGAAGAGAAGUAUGAGUACUUCAGAUGAAGACCUACCCAACAAAAGGUCAAAGUGGAAAGACGUGGCCGAUGGAUUCCAGACGGUGAAGCCUGACGUCACAGAUCAGCAGCUGAUGAUGGUGGCCAAGAAGAUGGGCAAGGAGUGGCAGCAGGUGGCUAUCCUCUAUCUGGGCCUGAACUUACAGGACCUCGAAAAGCUGCCGGAUGAGGACCUCACCAUGCGCAAGUUCAAGAUGCUGGAUCUGUGGCGGCGGAAGGUCAAAGGUGGAGCCAGCGCCUCACUGCUGCAUGAGGCCCUCAAUAAAGAGGACGUGCCCAAUGAGGUUCGGGACGUCCUUGAAGGUAGGUAUGCCACCUGUCUGUCUCUGGGUUUGCUGGCACAGAUAGUAACUAGUGUUGUCAAAAGAAUUGAAUGUACCAAAAGUAUCAAUUCUGUCAUGUAUGAAACUGUUUCAAUACUGAUUUUUUUUCAAUAUAUUCUAUAGCCCGCACUCCCCAUUCGCUUUAACCACUGAGGUUCAUAGACUACCAAUGCACUUGCCCAUACCUGAGUGCAGUCUCACAUGGGGGUGAUAUUAAGGUGACUAGAUUAGAAGCAUCACAGCUUUCAUUAUUGUGCUUAAUAGAUAAAGAGUGUAGCUGGAGUAGCGUCUGGAAAUACUGUAGCUUUGUGCUAAUUGAAGAUGGUAGACCACAGGACAUAUACAAGCUGGGCCUUAUUAUGUUUUACCAUAUAAGUAUCUUAUUUCUGAGUUAUUAACAUAUUAAGCUGUAUGACCCUGUUGCAGAUGAAGUAGAGAUGUGACCUGCAUUUUUUCUGUGGGUUAAAACAUUUUUUUGUAGUCAGUUAAAUAUUUCCACAUGAAGACAGUGGUCUGUAAUUAUUUUUACCUAUGGGUCGUGUUCAGAUCCAUGCGAUCUCCUGAGGUAGUGUUGAUUAGUGUUGAUCAUUUGGAUACAAACUUCUAUGCUUUCUAUUAUCCAUUAUAAUAUAAAAUAACAUCUAAUUGUUAAUAGUGUUCAGUGCUUCCGAAUCUCUGAAAACAAUUACAGCACAAUUGCAAUGGCUACUACUGUACUUAAUAGCAUUAUGGUUUGACUGACAAUGUAAUGUGAAGGUUUUACUGGAUAUAAUGACAUGAGUUUGCAGAAGGUUGUGAUGUUUUUACUGCAAACAAAAUUGCAAUUGAAAUAAUUAGUAUAUAUUGCAACUCAGUACAAUGUUGAGUGUCAAAAAUCGUAAUGAAUUUUAAAUAUUUUUCUUGGUAUCCAUUUUGAAAUUUGACAUUUUGUUAUCGUGACAACAUUAACAGAAAUAGCAUCUCUAAAUGGACCACGUGAGUAUGACUAGCAUUGUAGCGGUACCAUGGCUGGUUUACGGUACAUGAUGUAACCACAUGUUUUCCUGUCCCGCCACAGAAAUAAUUGCAUCAUGAUGCCUCAAGAAUGAGUUCACAGUGAAACCAGAAGCACUUCUCAAAUAUUCCGUCUUGGGAAACAUGGGACGGGUAAUCUAAAGGAAUCGAUCAUUCGUCAGAGUAGUUUGGGUAACACACUGUGGGCCCGGGACAUGUGGAUGCAGUGGCUGUCCUCCUCCACUGAUUCAUCUUGGAUUUCUUCUUUUUGGGGGUGGGAGGGUGGCAAGUGAAAUGUGACAUUUUGUGGAUGCUUAAACUGUGAAGUAUACUUCAGGAAUCCAGUGAAUGAUUCUGUAGUUUACAAACUGACUGGCCAGUUGUGCAUGCCUGUUUAUGUGCCCUGUCACCUUACUCUGAAUACAGAAUGACUGACUGAAAAAGCCAAAACAGGAGGCUCACACAUGCUUCAGUAGAAAUUUUGUUUUAUGUGCUGUAACUUGCUUCUCUGUUUGGCAGGUUUUACCAGAUAUACAUUAUGUAUGGUUUUAGUCGCUAAAAUAUGAUUUUGUAGAAUAGCAUAUCACUUGUACAUUCCUUAGUUUGGACCUUCUUCGUCGUUGCCGAUGUGCUGAUGGCACAAAUCCAUGCUCUGAGCUGCUGCCUGUCAGUGGCUUUUUGUGAAGUAGCAGGAACUUGAUGGUAACAAAGAACUUCUGGACUUUUUCAAGCCAAAAUUUCAAGAAAAAAAUAUUCUUUUGUUGCGAUUUAUUAUUUCCUAUAGAAAUGAUACCAAACACCUUGCCACCUUGCACUAUUUAAAGACUAAAUUGUCUCAUAUACAGAUGCAUUCCAAAUAUGGUGAGUUGUACUGUAAAAUAAGCUUUUUUAAUUUUGUGUAAGGCUCACAUUUUGCAGUCUGGGAUGUCUUGAUUGAAAUAAACAACCUGAGGUUGACACAA